UUGUUAGCUCCCAGGUCUAGGUGCCUGCAGCCGGCGCGAGCAGUUCAUAGCCAGCGCCGGUCUGCGGUGACAGCGCAGUGGAGGCUGGGCACAGGCUCAAGCUGGGACCCCGGAGGCACGAGCCAUGACGGACGCCAGCCACAAGAAGGAGGGCUUCAAGAAAUGUAGGAGCGCCACUUUCAGCAUCGAUGGGUACAGCUUCACCAUCGUUGCAAAUGAAGCAGGAGAUAAGAAUGCCCGUCCACUUGCCCGAUUUUCCCGGUCUAAGUCACAGAAUUGUCUGUGGAACUCCCUCAUUGAUGGGCUCACUGGGAAUGUCAAGGAGAAGCCACGGCCAACAAUUGUUCAGGACACUCGGCCCCCAGAGGAAAUUCUGGCAGAUGAAUUGCCACAGCUGGAUAGCCCAGAAGCUUUGGUGAAGACAUCCUUCAGGUUACGGUCUUUGGUCAAGCAGUUAGAGCGAGGGGAGGCCUCUGUGGUCGAUCUUAAGAAGAACCUGGAAUAUGCAGCCACAGUGCUUGAGUCUGUAUACAUCGAUGAAACAAGGAGACUUCUGGAUACAGAGGAUGAGCUUAGUGACAUCCAGUCAGAUGCUGUGCCUUCUGAGGUUCGAGAUUGGCUGGCCUCCACCUUCACUCGACAGAUGGGGAUGAUGCUAAGGAGAAGUGAUGAGAAGCCCAGGUUCAAGAGCAUUGUCCAUGCAGUGCAAGCUGGGAUAUUUGUGGAGAGAAUGUAUAGGCGGACGUCGAAUAUGGUUGGGUUGAGCUAUCCACCAGCUGUUAUUGAUGCAUUGAAGGAUGUGGACAAAUGGUCCUUCGAUGUCUUUUCCCUCAAUGAUGCCAGUGGAGACCAUGCAUUGAAGUUCAUUUUCUAUGAAUUACUCACUCGUUAUGACCUGAUCAGCCGUUUUAAGAUCCCCAUUUCUGCCCUUGUGUCAUUUGUGGAGGCCCUAGAAGUGGGGUACAGCAAGCACAAAAACCCUUACCAUAACCUGAUGCAUGCCGCUGACGUCACACAGACUGUGCAUUACCUCCUCUAUAAGACGGGAGUGGCCAACUGGCUGACAGAGCUGGAGAUCUUCGCAAUAAUCUUCUCGGCUGCCAUCCAUGACUAUGAACAUACCGGAACUACCAACAAUUUCCACAUUCAGACCCGGUCGGAUCCCGCUAUCUUGUACAAUGACAGAUCUGUGCUGGAGAACCACCACUUGAGUGCGGCCUACCGCCUUCUGCAGGAAGACGAGGAGAUGAAUAUUCUGGUCAACCUCUCGAAGGAUGACUGGAGGGAGUUUCGAACCUUAGUAAUUGAGAUGGUAAUGGCCACAGAUAUGUCCUGUCAUUUCCAGCAAAUCAAAGCCAUGAAGACAGCCCUGCAGCAGCCAGAAGCAAUUGAGAAGCCAAAAGCCUUAUCCCUGAUGCUGCACACAGCAGACAUCAGCCAUCCUGCAAAAGCAUGGGAUCUGCACCAUCGCUGGACCAUGUCUCUCCUGGAGGAGUUCUUCAGACAGGGUGACAGAGAAGCAGAGCUGGGGCUGCCAUUUUCUCCUCUGUGUGACAGGAAGUCAACCAUGGUGGCUCAGUCACAAGUAGGUUUUAUUGACUUCAUUGUGGAACCCACCUUCACUGUGCUCACUGAUAUGACUGAAAAGAUUGUGAGUCCAUUAAUCGAUGAAACCUCCCAGACUGGUGGGACAGGCCAGAGGCGCUCAAGUUUGAACAACAUCAACGCCUCAGAUGCAAAGCGAUCAGGUGUCAAGAGUUCUGGGUCAGAAGGAAGUGCUCCCAUCAACAAUUCUGUCAUCCCUGUUGACUAUAAGAGUUUUAAAACCACCUGGACUGAGGUGGUGCACAUUAAUCGGGAGCGGUGGAGGGCUAAGGUGCCCAAAGAAGAGAAAGCAAAAAAGGAAGCUGAAGAGAAGGCUCGCCUGGCUGCUGAGGAAAAGCAAAAGGAAAUGGAAGCCCAAGGCCAAACUGAACAAAGCAAAGCUGAGAAAAAGACUUCAGGAGAAAUGAAAGGUCAAGUCCAUGGAGCACGUACAAACAAGGGAAAGAACCCCAAAGGCGAUAAAGCAGGAGAAAAACAGCAGAAUGGUGACUUGAAAGAUGGCAGAAAUAAGGCCGACAAGAAGGAUCACUCCAGCACCGGAAAUGAUUCAAAGAAAACAGAUGAUCCAGAAGAGUAGAAAAGACCUCACAUAGACUGGGACUGCCAGUGUCUGGUGUCUGGGGAAGGUGUACAGCUUUCAGAACCAAGUCCCACAUUUGGCCUUCUCUCACGCUGUCUCCUCCCAGGGGCCUCUGGGGGUUGGCUUGUGGUCUUAGAAUUAU